AUGGAUACUAAAGAUAGUUUUGACAUUUUCAUAUCGAAAAACUUUGUUCGUUUUUCAGGCAAAGAAAAUGCCUUUGAAUGGUUAGAUGAAACUGAAAGUAAAUUCAACGAGUUUCGUAUGGUGCGAAGUCUUCGUUUUAGAGCAAUUCCUAUGUUGAUUGAAGGAGACAUAGAAUUAAAAUACUUUCGAGUUCGAGAGUAUAUUCGAACUUUUGACGAUUUCUAUGUAUUUCUGUUGUCAUUAUAUGACCUAGAAUUUUCUACUUCAUCUGAAGGACAAUUUUUUCUAAAGUUACUCGACAAUCAGUUCGACAAUCCAUCUAAUGGAAAAGUUCAGUGCUCUGAUGAACAUGACUAUUGUCAAAUAAAAUCUAUUGACUACUUCUGUGAGUCCUUGUCGUCUGAAUUUGAAACUAAUUGUUCAUUUCCAUCGGAACAAAAGUUUCUAACUAUCGUUACAGAGAAUAUAUCAAAUGAGGAAUUUUUAAUUCCAACUACAUUGACUGACAAUGUAAUGGAAAGAUGUCUAGAUAGUUUCGAUAAUAUAAGUUCCGAAAAAGAAACGAAUGAAACAUGUUCAAGUAUUACUGUAGCUUUUGGUGCCACCAACACUAUUGGCGAGAUACCAGUUAAAAAGCUACUCAUGAUUACUACUGAUUAUUCUUUCGUUGUGAUUGGUCAAGUACUAAAUGAUCAUCGUGGAACUACCGUAGGAGACUCGAAAAAGAAUUCGAAGGUGCACAGGAGUAGGAAGAGUCAUAUAAUUGAAUCGACUAAACGAGUUGAUCAUCUUCCAGAGUUAUUAUACAUUCCUAAUAGUUAUCGAUAUUAUUCUAAUAUUUAUCUACUUCGAACAAAUGUCCUUCGAUUAUAUAUCUAUAAUAGAAUGACACAUAGGGCACGGAAAACUAUAUCAUAUAAAACGAGAAAAAAAAACAUUACUAAACGUUUACAAACUAACCUUUUCGGGAAAAAUAGUUACAUAGAAUGUUUUCGAGUUCAUCGAUAA